GUGUUUGCUGUACCUAUGGCCGCUGUAGGAGUGGGUGUGGCCAGCGGGAACUUCCUGUUUGCCCUCUGUGUGGGCGGGGCCUGUCAUCUCUGGAAACGGCCCGGCGGGGGGCGGAGCGACCGCGGAACAAGGAAGUCGGGGACCCGGGCGCGGGGGCCAGUCUCUAGGCCCCCAAUGUCCUCCUGUGUGCCCCCGCCCACCAUGGCCACUGUCCUCUGGCUGCUCCUGGCACUCACUGGUUCACUGAUGUCCUCUGAUCCCGGUCCUGCCCCCUUGGCUACGCCCUUCCGGAACCUGCACCUGGACCCCGAGCGUCUCCUCCUCUCCUGGGAGCAGGUCACGCCCACCCCUCAGCCUGCCUGCCGGAAGUGGAGGCGCGGGGACAGGGAGGAGGCAGCGACAGUGGUCUUUGCAGAAGUGGGGCGUCCCCGCUGUUCCUUCCGAUCCCUUUCGCACUGUCACAUGACCGAGUUCUCCGUCUCCCUGCCCAGUAAUCACAGUGUGGCCAGAGCUACCCUCCUCUUCCCGGAAGCAGAUGGCGACCGCGCAGCAGCAGCCACGCCCCCUCGCUGCCAGGUGGAUCUUGCGACCGGGAUGACGUGCCGCUGGGGACCGGGGCCCCGAGCGCCCCGAGACGUGCAGUACCGGAUGUUCUGGAGGGAUGCAGCACAGGGGCGGAACCGGGACCGUGAGUGCCCGCGCUAUGACGUCAUGGAGGGCGGAACCCGCCUGGGCUGUGUCCUGGAAAAUGUCACUGUGCUGCCGUCCUACAUCACUGUCACUGUGACAGGGAGUGCUGGAGGCGGGACGGAAGUGCCGUGCAGUGACUCCUCUGUGGACCUGCAGCUCGUGGAGGUUGUGGCUCCACCCAAUGUGAGUGCCACGUGCAAUGGGUCAGUGUCUGCCUUCGUGCACUGGGAAGUGCAGAGCGUCUUCCACCGCAACUUCGAGUUCCAGUUGGAGAUGCGAAGGAACUCACAACUGGAACCUGAGAUUGAGACGACAGAGGAGCGCCACUUCUGGGUCGUGAAUCCGGGGACCCUCUCUGUCCGGGUCAGGGCGAGGCCAGUAGCUGCUGAGGAGUUCGGCAUGUGGAGUGAUGUGCAGCACCUGGCUCCUCCCUGUCCUCGACACCCUGUAGACUGUGACCCCAGAAGGAACGGCCUGACCAGGAUGGUGGUGUCACUGGCUGCUGUGGGGGCAGGGCUCACUGGGUUGGGGGCCACCCUGCUGCUGUGUCGCAGGCGCGGCCUGAGCCGGAAGCUGUUCCCGCCUAUCCCCCACGUGAAGGACCCGACAGUGGCAGAAGGGGAAGUGGUGGACUCGGUCACGUGGUGGGCGAGGCCGGAAGAGGAAGAGUGUGAGGUGACAUCGGUGACAGAGGCGGGGCCGCGCCUGUCAAUCAUCUCCCGUUCAUAGAGACAGGACCAGAAGUGGGGGGCUGGGAGGUCACUGGGGAGGGUGUAGUGAUGUCAGGCAAUGAUGUCACACGUAGGCAGAGCCCAGACGGUUCAAAAAUAUAUGUCAACAUGCAAAUAUACAUAAAUUUAUACUAAAUAA